UAUCCGCCUCGUAUGUGUACCUGCGUCAUCACUUCGUGCCCCAGAAACGUCGAGCGACGAGAGGUGUUGUUCCUCUUUUACAGCCUUCGAGUCGUUCUUUUGAUCAAAACUACCCACAAAAUAACCUCACAGCAGCUGUUUUGGAUGUUUCUAUAAGGCGCUUUCUGUCUCUGAGGUCCUGCAGUGCAGUCGGUUGCCAUGGCGUCUCCAGGGGGACAAGGAGGAGGAGCUCUGUCGACGAGAGGAGGCAGCGGGGCCAGGAGGAUGAAAUGGGCUCUGGAGCUGAGCGUGGGAAACACCAGGAGUCGUGGGGACCGGCAGGGCGGCCAGGGGGACGUGGUUUACCCCAUCGGCUACUCUGAGAAACCUGUCCCUGACACCAGCAUCCAGGAGACGGACAGGAACCUGGUGGAGAAACGCUGCUGGGACGUGGCCCUCGGACCCCUGAAACAGAUCCCAAUGAACCUGUUCAUCAUGUACAUGUCGGGCAACACCAUCUCCAUCUUCCCCAUCAUGAUGGUCUGCAUGAUGGCCUGGAGGCCCAUACAAGCUCUAAUGUCCAUGUCUGCCACCUUCAAGCUGCUGGAGAGCUCCAGUCAGCAGUGGCUUCAGGGACUUGUCUACCUGGUCGGUAACCUCCUGGGCUCGGCGUUGGCCAUCUACAAGUGCCAGUCGAUGGGGCUGCUCCCGACGCACUCGUCUGAUUGGCUGGCUUUCAUAGAGCCUCCUCAGACGAUGGAGAUCAUGGGCGGAGGGAUGGUGCUGUGAAGAGAACAGCACGUAUACACACACACAAAUACACAAGACAUUUACAGAGCUUAUAAUAUAGUCUACGUUCUUGACUUCACGACCAGGCCGCACAUGACAGCUGAGAGAAAUCAAGGUUUUCUGCCCGCUGUCUCGUUUCCUGUCCAGAUCCAGACUCACAGCGAGAUGUUUGUUAAAUCAGCAGCAGGAUAAGCUGGACUUUCACUCACUGAUUCAUGCAUUUGCCAUGACCUCUGCUGUUUAUCCUUCUUUCUUCUUUAUUUUUUUUCAUUGAGAUUUUAAAGCCAGCAGAUAAUCUCCUCUCAAACGUCUGUUAAUUUUCUCCACAGAGGACAUGUACUUUACUAAAGGAGAUUAUUGAUGAGGAAGUUCAGACUCAGAGUUAGACUAAGUUAGACUGAUCCCUUAUAACAGAAUUUAUCUAUAACUCCUAAACCUGUAGGUCACAGUUAAAGUCUAUGGAAGCUAAAGAGACCCUUUUUUUGGUUGCUUUCUUUUUUCAGUUUGUAGUAAAAUGCUUCAUUUGGUCAUCAUACUAGCCAGAAACAUUUGCUAACCUCUUUAAUUUACAGGUCUGUUUAAUUUAUACCAUUUUACUCUUUGAAAGUGUUCUAUCAUAUACAUCUGAAAUGCUUUCGAUUGUGUCAAUAAAUGUGUUGGAUGGAAAGAAAA